AUGUUUCUUAUCUUCAUCCUUGUUUUUGUGAUUGGGUUUUUGCUUUACAAAUUGUACUUAUUUGAUGAAUAUAAUAAAGAGGAUAGUUUAAAUUUACAGAAUAUUAAUUGUAUCCAACCCCCUACGCUGGAAUUAAAUUCACAAGUGCCAGAAAAUGCCCCUCAAAAAAGUUUUUCUGGGCAUUUUAAAAAGGCAGCCGUUGUAAGUGAUAAUGUAAUCUGUUCGGAACUUGGCCGUAAUGUUUUGUUACGUGGAGGUAAUGCUGUAGAUGCAGCCAUUUCUGUGUCUUUUUGUAUUGGAGCUUUAAAUUAUCCUUCUGGCGGAUUAGGAGGGGGCUUUCUGAUGACAUUCUUUCGCAGAUUUGAUGGCAAAUGUUUAACCAUCGAUGCUCUCGGAAUAAUUCCUUCCCUAGCAAAUAAUGAUACGAAUCCGAUUGAGAAUGGUUAUAAAUCUAUUUCUGUCCCUGGAGAAUUACAUGGUCUCUGGACAGCUUACAAGCGUUUUGGAAGUGGAAGGAUUACUUGGAAUAAUUUGAUAAUGCCUACAGUUCAUUUACUUAAUGAAGGAUUUCCAGUCACUCAAGCACUCGAAAAACUCUCAAAAGAAUUCAUGGUUAAGUUUGCCAAUGAAACAAAUAAAGAUAUAAGAAAUUUAUUUUUAAACCCAACAAACGGUGAUCAUUACCGUGAAGGACAAAUCAUUCGUAAUCCACAGCUUGCAGAAACUUUAAAAAAGCUUGCAUUAACUAAUGACCCUAUAAAUUUGUUUUAUGGAAAUAAUGGUGCUAUAGCUAAACAAAUUGUUGAGGAAUUUGCUCAAAAUGGUGAUGAAAUGUUUAAUACAAAACUAAAUUUAUUUAAAGGUGCCUUUGUAACACGGAAAGAUUUGCAUAGCUACAGAAGUGUUAUUGAUGAACAGCCUUUCCUCAAUAGCUAUUCUGACCAGAAACUGGUUUUUUGUGGUCCCAAAUCUUCCUCAGGCUUUGUUAAAAUUCAAAUGCUGCUUGCUAUUUUGCAGAAAUUAAGUCCAAACUCGGAGAAUAUUACUUUGAUCAAUACUGAAUAUUGGCACAAAUUUAUUAUGGCACAAAAUUAUAUUAAUACCGAAUUAGUAAAAUUAGAUUCUGAAGAUCAACUGAAAAUAUUAUUACAAAAUAUAACUCAAAAUGGAUUUAUUGAAAAUAUUAUUCAAAAAUUUGGGGAUAAUUCUUUAACGUCUGAAAUGCCUUUUAAAGAGGAAUUUUCAAGCCUAAAUGAAGAGGAUCUUGAAAUUGGUAGUUCCCAGAUAAAUAUUGUAGAUUCUGAUGGAAAUACAAUUUCUGUUGCUCAUUCAAUUAAUUCCCCUUUCGGUUCUUUACGUCGAUCACCAAUUUUGGGCAUUUUAUGGAACAAUAAUUUAUUUAAUUUAAACAAUUCUUCAAUAAACAAUAGACAAAUUUCACCGACAAGUCCAAUAAUUGUAUAUGACAGGGAAAGUAGAAAGAUAAAACUUGCAAUAGGCGCAAGUGGAGAAACAUCCCUUCAAAAAUCUUCCACUUUAGCUCACGUCUUAUUUCAAGUUCUUAGCUUUAACAAAACUUUGAGAGAAGCGGUUGAUAUGCCUAGAUUAUAUAAAAAUCACCAUGGUAUCAGUUAUGAGUCAGGGUUUCCAAAGGUGAAUUUUUUUUAA